AUGGCAGUCGAGUCAUUGACUCAAGAACAACUGGACGAUUUGUUUCGUAAUUUUGAUUCCGUGCGUGAAUCAAAUAAUGUUGCCUGGAGUGAUAUUAAACAAGCCUUGGAGAUUGUUGGUGUCUCUGUGGCUGGGCAUGAAAUUCGCGAUUUAGUCGGUCAACCGCGUAAUUAUCUUAGUUUGGGAGAAUUCAAUGAUUUGUAUAUGCGAGCAAAAGAUAUGAAGGAUACAACAAAGGCUAUUCGUAAAGCACUAUUAUUGAAACAUGCAGAAGAUGUUAAGUCGUUUACUGUUGGCAAAAAUGAUAAUGAUACACGACAUUCAGUUAGUAAAGCUGAAGAAAGAGGUUUCACAUUAUGGAUCAAUAAACGUCUUGGUCAUGAUCCAGAUUUACAAAAUGAAAUUCUACCUAUUGAUCCAGGCAUUGAUGGUCAAUUGUAUCAAAGAUGUAAAAAUGGCAUACUACUAUGCAAACUUGUCAAUGUUGCUAGUCCGGAUACAAUUGAUGAACGUAGUAUUAAUAGAGGACCUGCUUUGAAAAAUGUUUUCAAUGUUCAUGAAAAUCUUACAUUGGCUGUGAAUUCAGCAGCGUCAAUUGGAUGUUGUGUAGUGAAUACUGGUCCAGAGGAUAUUAUGCAAGGCAAACGUCAUAUAGUUCUUGGAUUGAUAUGGCAACUUAUUCGUCGAGGUUUAGUCGAUACAAUCACAUUGAAUAAACACGGUGAAUUAUUAUCCUUGCUACAUGAUGGUGAAAAUGCUGAAGAUUUAGCUGCAUUGAAACCUGAAGAAUUACUAAUGCGUUGGGUUAACUAUCAUCUCCAUCGAGCUGGUUGUGAUAGACGCAUUACAAACUUUAAUUCAGAUUUAGCUGAUUCUGUUGUCUACGCUUAUUUAAUUGAUCAAAUUGCACCGUUAGAUAAACGUCGAAAUCUAAUGUCUGCAGAAGAGAUACUCAGCUCAUCUAGUCGUCAAGAAAGAGCGAUAAAUGUUUUAAAUAAUGCUGAAACGCUGAAUACACCAUUUUUACUUGCACCAGAAGAUAUUUAUCUGGCUGGGGAUAAAGACAAAGAUAAUCGUGAUCGAUUGAAUCUAGCUUUUCUUGCCACACUAUUCAAUAUGUAUCCUGGAUUAGAUGCUACACGUGGUGAUCUACUGAUAGAAGGUGAAACACUUGAAGAAAGAACUUAUCGAAAUUGGAUGAAUUCACUCGGUGUUAAACCAUAUGUGACCUUUUUAUACACUGAUCUGAGUAAUGGAUUAGUUCUACUACAAUUAGUUGAUAAAAUUAAACCAGGUACAGUUGACUGGUCAUUAGUUGUGCAAAAUUUUGAUCCAAAAAGACGAUUAUUUCAAGAAUUAGGAAAUUGUAGUUUAGUUGUGGAUUCUGCGAAAUCAAUUAAUAUACGCUUGGUUAAUGUUAGCGGUGAAGAUAUACAAAAUCGAGAUAGAAAAUUAAUUCUUGGCGUGUGUUUUACACUGAUGCAUGCGUAUAUGUUUAAACUACUCUAUGAAGCUACAAAAGGUGGACAAGAUCUACCCUCUGAUGAUAAAGAUAUUCUCCGUUGGGUAAAUGAACAGCUGACUGAAGCAAAUGCCAAGACCAUAAGUAGUUUUCGUGAUCCAGCCUUAAGUUCUGGUAUUCCUGUACUUCAACUCCUUGAACAUAUUAAACCGAAUUCAACAAAUCAAAGUAUUUGGCUAGAAGGCAAUAAUGACGACUUCUCAUUAUGUCAGUAUGCAAUAUCAUGUUGUCGUAAAGCUGGAGCUAGAGUAUUCACCUUACCAGAACAUUUAAGAGAUUUGAAUGCAAAGAUGAUAUUGACUCUAUUCGCCUGUCUACAAGUUUUAUACUUCAGUUUAAAGGAGAAAGCUGAGAAUAGACAAAAUCGUGUUAAAAAUAAUGAAUUGAAAUGGUUAAAGUUAGACGAUGAUGAUAAUAAUAGGAGGGGGGAGACAGACUGA